GGAACUGAACACCAAGUGCGUGGUGGAGAUGGAAGGGAAUCAAACGGUCCUGCACCCUCCUCCUUCCAACACCAAACAGGGAGAAAGGAAACCUCCCAAGGUAUUUGCCUUUGAUUAUUGCUUUUGGUCCAUGGAUGAAUCUAACACUACAAAAUAUGCUGGUCAAGAGGUGGUUUUCAAGUGCCUUGGGGAAGGAAUUCUUGAAAAAGCCUUUCAGGGGUAUAAUGCAUGUAUUUUUGCAUAUGGACAGACAGGCUCAGGAAAAUCCUUCUCCAUGAUGGGCAAUGCUGAGCAGCUGGGCCUUAUUCCAAGGCUCUGUUGUGCUUUAUUUAAAAGGAUCUCUGUGGAGCAAAAUGAGUCACAGACUUUUAAAGUCGAAGUAUCCUAUAUGGAAAUUUAUAAUGAGAAAGUUCGGGAUCUUUUAGACCCCAAAGGGAGUAGACAGUCUCUGAAGGUUCGAGAGCAUAAAGUUUUGGGACCAUAUGUAGAUGGUUUGUCCCAACUGGCUGUCACUAGCUUUGAGGAUAUUGAGUCAUUGAUGUCUGAGGGAAAUAAGUCUCGGACAGUAGCUGCAACCAACAUGAAUGAAGAAAGUAGCCGCUCCCAUGCUGUGUUCAACAUCAUAAUCACACAGACACUUUACGACCUGCAGUCUGGGAACUCGGGAGAGAAAGUCAGUAAGGUCAGCUUGGUAGACCUGGCGGGUAGCGAAAGAGUGUCUAAAACGGGAGCCGCCGGAGAGCGACUGAAAGAAGGCAGCAAUAUCAACAAAUCGCUUACAACCUUGGGAUUGGUUAUAUCAUCGCUGGCUGACCAGGCAGCUGGCAAGGGUAAAAACAAAUUUGUGCCUUAUCGAGAUUCAGUCCUCACUUGGCUUCUUAAGGACAAUUUGGGGGGCAACAGCCAGACCUCUAUGAUAGCCACCAUUAGCCCAGCAGCAGACAACUAUGAAGAGACCCUCUCCACGUUACGAUAUGCAGAUCGAGCCAAGAGGAUCGUCAACCAUGCCAUUGUGAAUGAGGAUCCCAACGCAAAAGUCAUCCGGGAACUGCGGGAGGAAGUGGAGAAACUGAGAGAGCAACUCUCGCAGGCUGAGGCUAUGAAGGCCCCUGAACUGAAGGAGAAGCUUGAAGAGUCUGAAAAGCUGAUAAAAGAACUAACGGUGACAUGGGAAGAGAAGCUAAGGAAAACAGAAGAAAUUGCACAGGAGAGACAACGACAACUUGAAAGUAUGGGGAUUUCCCUGGAGACAUCUGGUAUCAAGGUGGGGGAUGACAAGUGCUACUUAGUCAACCUGAACGCAGACCCUGCUCUCAAUGAACUUCUGGUUUAUUAUUUAAAGGACCAUACCAGGGUGGGUGCAGAUACCUCCCAGGACAUCCAGCUGUUUGGAAUAGGAAUUCAGCCUGAGCACUGUGAGAUUGAUAUUGCAUCUGAUGGAGAGGUCUCUCUUACUCCAAAAGAAAAUGCAAGGUCCUGUGUAAAUGGCACCCUUGUGUGCAGUACCACCCAGCUGUGGCACGGUGAUAGAAUCCUGUGGGGAAAUAACCACUUCUUUAGAAUUAAUUUACCUAAGAGGAAACGGCGAGAUUGGUUGAAAGAUUUUGAGAAGGAAACAGGCCCGCCAGAGCAUGACCUGGAUGCAGCCAGUGAAGCUUCCUCGGAACCAGACUAUAACUAUGAAUUUGCACAGAUGGAAGUUAUCAUGAAAACGCUGAAUAGUAAUGGUGGCUUCCCGAUAAUAAGCCUGUCUGCUUGGUGGUCGUCCCCUUGGUGGUCCUACUUGAAGAUUCUCUUCCCUCUCAUGUGGUUUCAGACGAAGCUUCUCCACAAACACUGGGAUAAAGACCCAGUUCAAAAUGUGGUCCAGGUCCUGGAGAAACAAUACCUGGAAGAAAAGAGGAGUGCCCUUGAGGAGCAGCGGCUCAUGUAUGAGCGGGAGCUGGAGCAACUCCGCCAGCAGCUCUCCCCUGAGAGGCAGCCCCAGAGCAGCGGCCCCGACCGCCUGGCCUACAGCAGCCAGACGGCUCAGCAGAAGGUGACCCAGUGGGCAGAGGAGAGGGAUGAACUCUUCCGUCAAAGCCUGGCAAAACUGCGUGAGCAGCUAGUUAAAGCUAAUACCUUGGUGAGGGAGGCAAACUUCUUAGCUGAGGAAAUGAGCAAACUCACCGACUACCAGGUGACUCUACAGAUCCCUGCUGCAAACCUCAGUGCCAAUAGAAAGAGAGGAGCAAUAGUGAGUGAGCCAGCAAUUCAGGUGAGGAGGAAAGGAAAGAGCACCCAAGUUUGGACCAUUGAGAAGCUGGAGAAUAAAUUAAUUGAUAUGAGAGACCUUUAUCAAGAAUGGAAGGAAAAAGUUCCUGAGGCAAAGCGACUCUGUGGGAAACGAGGUGACCCUUUCUAUGAAGCACAAGAGAAUCACAACCUCAUUGGCGUGGCUAAUGUGUUCUUGGAGUGUCUCUUCUGCGAUGUGAAACUUCAGUAUGCAGUCCCCAUCAUCAGCCAGCAGGGGGAGGUUGCAGGGCGCCUCCAUGUGGAAGUGAUGCGCGUCACAGGAGCUGUGCCGGAGCGUGUGGUGGAGGAUGAUUCCUCAGAGAACUCCAGUGAAAGUGGGAGCCUUGAAGUCGUGGACAGCAGCGGGGAAAUCAUUCACAGAGUCAAAAAACUGACAUGCCGGGUAAAAAUUAAAGAGGCAACUGGGCUGCCCUUAAACCUCUCGAAUUUCGUCUUCUGUCAAUACACGUUCUGGGACCAGUGUGAGUCUACAGUGGCUGCCCCAGUUGUGGACCCAGAGGUGCCGUCCCCACAGUCCAAGGAUGCCCAGUACACCGUGACCUUCUCUCACUGUAAGGACUUUGUGGUGAAUGUAACAGAAGAAUUCCUGGAGUUCAUUUCAGAUGGAGCACUGGCAAUUGAAGUAUGGGGCCACCGGUGUGCUGGAAAUGGUAGCUCCAUCUGGGAAGUCGAUUCUCUUCAUGCGAAGACACGAACACUGCAUGAUAGGUGGAAUGAAGUAACUCGGAGAAUAGAAAUGUGGAUCUCCAUACUGGAAUUGAAUGAGUUAGGGGAAUACGCUGCAGUGGAGCUUCAUCAGGCAAAAGAUGUCAACACAGGAGGCAUCUUUCAACUGAGACAGGGUCAUUCCCGGAGAGUGCAAGUCACAGUGAAACCUGUACAGCAUUCAGGGACAUUGCCACUUAUGGUUGAAGCCGUCUUGUCAGUAUCCAUUGGCUGUGUGACUGCCAGGUCCACUAAGCUCCAAAGAGGGCUGGACAGUUACCAGAGAGAUGAUGAGGAUGGUGAUGAUAUGGAUAGUUAUCAGGAAGAAGACUUAAACUGUGUAAGAGAGAAGUGGUCUGAUGCACUCAUCAAACGACGAGAAUACUUAGAUGAACAGAUUAAAAAAGUCAGCAAUAAAAAAGAGAAAACAGAGGAUGACAUGGAGCGGGAAGCCCGGCUUGUGGAGCAGUGGGUGGGGCUGACGGAGGAAAGGAAUGCUGUGCUGGUGCCGGCGCCGGGCAGUGGCAUCCCCGGGGCGCCCGCUGACUGGAUCCCACCACCUGGAAUGGAAACCCACAUACCGGUUCUCUUCCUUGAUUUGAGUGCGGAUGACCUCAGUGCCAAUGAGCAACUCGUGGGCACCCAUGCAUCAGGCGUGAACUCCAUCCUGCCCAAGGAGCAUGGCAGCCAGUUUUUCUACUUGCCCAUCAUAAAGCACAGUGAUGAGGAGGUUUCAGCCACAGCCUCUUGGGACUCCUCCGUGCAUGAUUCCAUUCACUUGAAUAGGGUCACCCCACAGAAUGAGAGGAUUUACCUAAUAGUGAAGACCACAGUCCAGCUCAGCCACCCGGCUGCUAUGGAGUUAGUAUUACGAAAACGGAUUGCAGCCAAUAUUUACAACAAACAGAGUUUCACCCAGAGUUUAAAGAGGAGAAUAUCGUUGAAAAAUAUAUUUUAUUCCUGUGGUGUAACCUAUGAAAUAGUAUCCAACAUACCAAAGGCAACGGAGGAGAUUGAGGACCGGGAAACCCUGGCGCUCAUGGCAGCAAGGAGUGAGAACGAAGGCACGUCGGACGGGGAGACGUACAUUGAGAAGUACACGCGCGGCGUGCUGCAGGUGGAGAACAUUCUGAGCCUUGAACGGCUCCGGCAGGCAGUCACGGUCAAAGAAGCACUUUCCACCAAAGCUCGGCACCUGCGGAGGAGCCUCAGCACGCCAAAUGUUCAUAAUGUUUCCUCCAGUCGACCAGACCUUUCUGGCUUUGAUGAAGAUGAUAAGGGUUGGCCAGAGAACCAGUUAGACGUGUCUGACUACAGCUCCAGUUACCAAGAUGUGGCGUGUUAUGGAACUUUACCCAGGGAUUCACCUCGAAGGAGUAAAGAAGGGAGUGGUUGCACAUCAGAGAAUCAUGCCUUAACAGUCAGCCCUUUUAAAGCAUUCUCUCCUCAGCCACCAAAGUUUUUCAAGCCCCUAAUGCCUGUAAAGGAGGAGCAUAAGAAAAGGAUGGCUCUUGAAGCAAGGCCUCUUCUAAGCCAGGAGAGCAUGCCUCCAUCUCAGGCACAUAACCCUGGCUGCAUUGUACCCUCAGGAAGCAAUGGCAGCAGCAUGCCUGUAGAAAACAAUAGCAAACGUGAGAAGAAGAUUGACUCUGAAGAGGAAGAAAAUGAUUUGGAAGCUCUUAACAGGAAGCUGAUAAGUUCACAGCCUUAUGUACCUGUGGAGUUUGCUGACUUCAGUGUUUACAAUGCCAGCUUGGAGAACAGGGAGUGGUUUUCUUCUAAAGUAGAUUUGACGAACUCAAGAGUCUUGGAGAAAGAAGUGUCCCGUAGCCCUACCACCAGCAGUAUUACCAGUGGCUACUUUUCCCACAGUGCCUCCAAUGCCACUCUGUCUGACAUGGUGGUCCCUUCUAGUGACAGCUCAGAUCAGCUAGCCAUUCCGACGAAAGAUGCAGACUCCAAUGAGCGUUCCGGAGCACAAUCAUCACUUGUGCAUGAUUUCAGACCAUCCUCAAACAAAGAGCUUACAGAACUAGAAAGAGGCUUGGUAAAGGAUAAGGUAAUCAUGGUGCCACUCAAGGAAAACAGUGCCUUAGCCAAAGGGAGCCCAUCAUCCCAAAGCAUCCCUGAGAAAAACUCCAAAACACGCUGUAGGACUGGCUCAUGUUCAGAACAAGAUGCCUGUGCCAGCAAAAAUGGCCAACCGGCCAGAGAAUUCUGCCCCAGGGAAGUGACCAUAGAACACACCACAAACAUCCUUGAGGAUCAUUCUUUCACGGAGUUCAUGGGUGUGUCAGAUGGGAGAGAUUUUGACGGUUUGACAGAUUCUUCUGCUGGAGAGCUUCCGAGUAGGAGGAACCUACCAAAUAAAAUGGACAAUAAGAGUGUCUCAGAUGGGCCACAGGACCCUGGCCAGCUGCAUUCCUCAGCAGAGAAUGACCAGGGGAGCACAACCACACGGUGAAAGGCAGCAAGGACUUCCUCCGCAGGCCAUGGCAUCUUUGUUCCGGUCACCUCUUAAAAGCGCCAGUCCCAUAAACAUGCUGCGGCCCAGCCAGACCUCAGACCAGCGGAGAAGCCCUGUGUUUCUGGGGCCACCUCCUUUCACCUCCCAAGCGGGGAGAAGCAGCACUUUGUCACUCGGGUGAAUCGGCAGC